CCCGCCCCCAAAGUUCUGGGUCUCUCUCCCCGCGCGGAGCCGUCCGCUGGCGCGAUGGUGGCCGUCUGGCUGGUGCACGUCGGGCAGAAGCUGCUGCUCUGGGGCGCGCUCAGCGCCGUCUCCCUGGCGGGCGUCACCCUCAUCCUGAGCUUGUUGCAGAUGAUGGCGAGCUACGCGCAUAAGUGGCUGCAAAUGAGGCGCAUCCCCAGCGUUUCGGGUGCCUACCCCUUGGUGGGACACUCCCUGGUCCUGAAACAAGGAGGGAAAGAGUUUUUCCAGCAGCUGAUGAAUUACACUGAAGAGAACAGACAUGUACCAAUGAUAAUAUUCUGGCUUGGCACAGUACCAGUAAUACUCAUGUACAAAGCCGAAACUAUAGAGGUAAUUUUAACUAGCUCAAAGCAAAUUGACAAGUCUCAUCUGUACAGGUUCCUACAACCAUGGCUUGGACUAGGACUUCUUACCAGUACUGGAAACAAAUGGCGCUCCAGGAGAAAAAUGUUAACACCCACUUUCCAUUUUACCAUUCUGGAAGACUUCUUAGAUGUCAUGAAUGAACAAGCCAACAUAUUGGUUAAUAAGCUUGAAAAACAUGUUGACGGAGAAAAAUUUAACUGCUUUUUUUACAUCACUCUUUGUGCCUUAGAUAUAAUCUGUGAGACAGCUAUGGGCAAGAAUAUUGAUGCUCAGACUAAUGAUGAUUCUGAGUAUGUCCGUGCAGUUUAUAGGAUGAGUGAUUUGCUACAUCGAAGAAUGAGGACAUUUUGGCUCUGGCAUGACGUUUUGUACCUUUUGUUUAAAGAUGGAAGGGAUCACAAAAGGAAACUAAAUAUCUUACAUAAUUUUACCAACAAUGUCAUCAAUGAACGGGCCAAUGAAGUAAAGAGAGAUGAAGAACGUAAAAGUGAUGACAAGGGCAUGACCCUCUCCAAGAGAAAACACAAGGCUUUUCUUGACCUGCUUUUAAAUGUGAUGGAUGAUGAAGGGAACAAGCUAAGCCUGGAGGCUAUUCGAGAAGAAGUGGACACUUUCAUGUUUGAGGGCCAUGAUACAACUGCAGCUGGAAUGAACUGGGCCUUGUACCUUCUGGGUUGCUAUCCAGAAGUCCAGAAAAAGUUGGACAAUGAACUGGAUGAAGUGUUUGGGAAUUCUCAUCGCCCCGUUACCUUAGAAGACCUGAAGAAACUUAAAUAUCUGGAGUGUGUUAUUAAGGAGACCCUUCGUAUUUUUCCUUCUGUGCCUAUAAUUGCCCGUGAUCUUAAUGAAGAUUGUGAUGUUGGGGGGUACAACGUCGUGAAAGGCUCUCAAAUAAUCAUCAUUCCCUACGCACUGCAUAGAGACCCACGGUACUUCCCAGACCCUGAGGAGUUCAAGCCAGAGCGGUUCUUUCCCGAGAAUUCGAUGGGACGCCAUCCAUACGCAUAUGUGCCCUUCUCUGCAGGACCCAGAAACUGUAUAGGUCAAAGGUUUGCCAUGAUGGAAGAAAAGGUCGUUCUUUCAUGGAUCCUGAGGCAUUUUUGGGUAGAAUCCAACCAGAAAAGAGAAGAACUUGGUCUGACAGGAGAGCUGAUUCUUCGUCCUACUAAUGGCAUCUGGAUCAAGUUGAAGAGGAGAAAUGCAGAUGCAUCCUAACUCCAUUAUUGGGCUGUGCCUUAGUAGGAAUAAAGUCUUUCUUUAAGAGAAACUUUGCAUUUA